CUGUAUCACCACAUGAAUGACGAGUUUUAAUUUUUUCUUGUCGGUCAAAGAUGAGUAACAAUAAGACCUGCACUGCAGAAGAAGCCCAGGACAUCAGCCUAAUGGUCUUCCUCUGCCUGGUCUACACAACAGGAUUCCUUCUUAAUGUCUUCAGCCUCUGGAUCUUCAUCUUCCGGAUGACCAAAUGGAACGCUGGCACGGUUUUGCAGUUCAACUUGGCAAUAAGUGAUGCACUUGCCUUUCCUGCUGCCCCGCUGCUGGCAGCCUACUUUGUCAAUGAGAACAAACGGGAGUUUAGCAGCUUUUUGUGUGACUUGAAAAUAGCCUUAAUCAGUACUCACAUAUAUGGCAGCAUUCUGUUCCUAACCCUCAUCAGCGUUCAUCGCUAUGUGGUUGUGGUUCAUUUCAAACGAUCAUUGCGGAUAAAACAGAAAGCCUUUGUGAAGAAGCUGUGUUUUGGAGUGUGGUGUUUUUUGCUUGUUUGUGCCAUAAUAUUUGGCAUUCUGCUGCCUGUUACUGAUGAAGAUGGGCACAAACACUGCAUUUUCAUACAUCAAACCGGACUUGUCAGUAAGUACUUCAUUAUCAACUUUGUACUCGUUGUUUUUGGCUUUCUUGUGCCUUUCAUUGUGGCUGUGGUUUGCUACAGCUGUCUGGCUCGAACAGUAACCCAGGUAAACAGCAAAUCACUGCACAGUCAGUCAGUCAAGACAAAGUCACUAAGGACGAUAGGAAUAUGUCUGGUCAUCUUUGGAUUCUGCUUCUUCCCUCUCAAUGUCACUCGGACUGUCGCAGUUGUUCUUAAAAAGUAUUUCCCUGGACACUGUCAGCUUCUUAUACGAGUGGAAACGGCGUACUACUCAUCUAAUGUCCUGGCAGGAGUCAACUGUUGCUUGGACCCCCUUAUCUAUUUCUUUGGCUCACACAGUUUUAAUAAAUCAUUCCGAGGAUCUGUGAAAAUAAGAAGUGAAAAGGAAAAAGACAACAGGACUGAGACAGACACAAGUAACAGUACAAAUAGAAAUGCUAUCCACAGUACUGUGUAAAAGUCUUAGGCCCCCUAUUUUUUCAUUGCAACUUUGUUAUAGAUUUCUAUUUUAUGACUUCUACAUUAUCGAGUCAGUACAAAAACAUUUCAGAGUUCCAAAUGUUCGUUUUCCAGCACAAAAUGAAAUGUUACAGGAAAAAAAAAGUUUGUAUCUGAGCAGAAUAUUACGUAAGAGAGCACUUUUCAGAUUAAAAAAGAAAACAUAAUGAAGGCUACUGGGUUUUGCUGCAAAAUUAAGAAGCAAGUGUGGCAGUCAGAGUGUCCAGAAGAACUGUGGCUGGUUCUCCAAGAUGCUCAUUUAAAACUACAGCUCAUUUCCUUAUAAAACUGCAUUCAUUGUACAUCAGAUAAGGGAUAAAAUUAGCUCAUGUUUAAAGUCAUUUAAAUUCUGUAAAGCUGCUUUGUGACAAUGUCUAUUGUUAAAAGCACUAUAAACAUAAACUUGACUUGACAUGAGACUGCUAUUUUUUUUUGAAAGUAAAGGAUUGUCUCACACCAAAUAUUGAUUUUGUUUCAUUUAUUAUGACUUACUGCUUUUUAUAGUAUUUUUUUUUUUAUGUUGAAACAUUUUGUUUCGUUAUUUUUAAAGCCAUUUUUGGUCUACAGCAUUUCUUUACAUGUUCCUAAGACUUUUGCACAGUACUACAUACAGUAUCUUCGGGAAUGGCGUAAUAGCAUUUCAGAUGUACAAAAACAUCUCUUUCUUAUUUCCUUUAGUGGUUUAAGGUAUGUUUGGUUGCGAUUGCUUCCUGUAAUUUUCUUCAAUCAUAUUUCCUGUCAAAUAUUUUCUGUGAAAUGUAAUGCUAAACAUACUUCUGCAGCUUUGGUACACAGCGAGAUAUUUUCUUCACUGGUUUCCUUUGUCAUGCCAGUCUUCUUAAUAUUUUACCAUAGUAUUAUUAAGCUUUUAAGGACAGCUUGUAUUUAUGUCAUAAUAUGAUGUAUGCAGUUUAUUACAUGUAACCCUGUGUGAAAUUAUCAAUACAAUGUACACUGCCAGUCCGGUUUUGGAACACCCUUUGAUUAAGAAAUGGGUUUUAAUUAAAUACUCUCAAUAUGUAUGAAAGCAAUGUUUAUUCAUGAACUAAGAAAUAUAUCUAACUUACAGUCU